GGGCCAAGUAGCAAGUAAAGUUAUCCCCUCAAUAGUGAAAAGAGAUGGAAAUGGGAUAAGUCCCUGUGUUAUAAAGUCUCUCCACUGUGUAUAUAGGCAAGGUGGCAGGGAUUCUUAAUGGCUGGUUAUGUAAGGGUGAAUAUCGUCACUAGGUCUGCUGGGGAUUCCCUCACUGCUUGCAAGUGCCGUGUGUUGUGUCACAAAAGAUAUCCCUCUGUGUACACUUUGUGAGGUCUCUCCGAUUCUAAUGUGGUCCUCAGCUGCCAGUGUGCUUAGUGCCCAAGAAGUGUGCUUUCUUUUGGAGGCGGGCAGCUUAUAACUAAGGCAGCACUCUUACAAAGCAAAGUCCCCUCAGUUGAUCUGGCGUGGUAUUGCUGUUCGGCGUGGGAUUUAAGGUAUAUUGCCUGAUCCUAUUUUAUGCCGGGAGUCAGCCUUAUAUAUAUCUUGCUGUCGCAAGCUCACCUGAUAAGCCGCCUCCCGGAUCACUGCUGAGCAGACUGUUAUGCGCGUGUGUUGUUUGCCAAGAUGGCGCGGCUUCUCUGUGCUUAUGUGAGUCGGGGAGCUGUCCGGUAUGUGAGCAGCCUCCAAUGCGUCCUUCUUCCACCCUCAGACUCCGGAAAGAAAAAACAAGAAAUGAUACAACCUCCUGGCAUAGCGCCUGUGUGAAAUGCGUCAGAAGCAGCCAAUACUUGGAAACCAACAUGAUCAACAUUUCAAAAUGUCAUCCCCCGUACAACGACAGUGAGCAGCCUGUUCUUGCCAUGUAUAGCUUCGUCUUUGUGCUGGGAUUGCCGGCAAACAUUUUAACCUUGUGGCUUACGUUAUUACAGAUAUACCGGAAGAAUGUGCUCGCAGUGUACCUGUUCAGCCUGUCCUUCAGUGAGAUUUUAUACAUUGGCACGCUGCCCCUCUGGAUUUUGUAUGUCAGGAACGGCCACAGAUGGAUUUGGGGACCUCUAAGUUGCAAGAUAACGGGGUAUAUCUUUUUCAACAACAUAUACAUGAGCAUCCUUCUUUUGUGCUGCAUCUCUGUGGACCGAUUUUUGGCUGUGGAGUAUUCACUGGAAUCAAGAGGUGUGAGACGACAACGGAUCGCCAUUUCUGUCUCUCUAGUUCUGUUUAUUGUCGUGGGGCUCAUCCAUUCUACCGUUUUCAUGUUAAAUGAUGGAGUACAAACUGAGGAACAAACCACUUGUUUUGAAUCUUUACCAAUGCCGUCAAUAACGGCUCAGUUUUAUUAUGCCAGAUUUAUAAUUGGUUUUCUUCUUCCUUUGUUUAUUCUAAUUUACACCAACUACAACAUAAACAGAAGGAUUGAAACAAGCAACAGCUUUACCGGACACCAGAAAGCCAAAGUAAAGUACUUGGCAAUAGCAAUCAUAACCAUCUUUAUGAUUUGUUUCGCGCCCUAUCACAUUGUGCUGCUAAUAAGAGCCAUCAAUUUCUCUUUGAAUCCCACAAACACCUGCGGUUUUGAAGAAGACGUGUAUACGCUGUACGCAGCAUUUCUUUGUCUGGCCACCAUGAACAGCAUCGCAGAUCCAUUUAUAUAUGUAUUAGUCAGUGAAAACGUGCGGAAGGAUAUCUGCAAAGGACUGAGAGGCUGGAGCAGGCAGUUAUCGGUCACCCUCAGGAGUGACAACAGUAAUUGUCCCCACAUUAGUAACUCUAGAGACCAGCACGGGGAAGACAAGGAUAUUAACCCUAGACACUGCUAAAGCUGCUAAAUUAUUCUGUAUUACUCUCGCAGGUAUCAUCCUCAGCAGUGUCUCCAAAACAACCACGGAAAGGAACCACGGAUGUACUGCAGAGAGUUCAAAUGACUGAGGUUCAUUUAAAAUUAUUUUCAUGUUUCAUUAGUGGUCAUAUUUCCCAACAUGCAUUUAAAUAAUACAAAAACAUUCUGUUUAUCCCCUUUUUUCACCAGUCAGAUUCUGCAGAAAUUAACCUUGCAAGAAACGUGUGUUCUGCCAUUUCUCUCAUUCUGUGGUUAACUGAUAUUCUUACCUACAUAACGAUAAUCAUGCUGUUUUAAGAGCACUGCAUCCAGUGGUUUCCAUCUUCUGUACUACACAUAUUCAGCCAUUACAUCAGGGGCCACAGCAGGGCAGUUAAACAAACCAUAUUAAUUAAAAUAAAAAUGUGCUUAAAUAAA